AUGGCGACCAUACUUUUCACUACGAUACCAGACUUGCACUUCAGCUUCGGGAUGCCCCCUUCCUCCCUCAGUGAUUUGACAAGAGUUCGUGCCGACGAACGCCUUUGGAAAGCACACAAAAGGCACAUAGCAUCAUUUGGACGUUCCUGGAUCAAAUCUGCGGGAUGCGCAAAGACUGCAAGACUGGAAGAAGAACAGACCGCGCAUCGGGAGGUUGAGCAUGAUGCAUUAGCUGGUCUGAUGGACAAUUUCAGGAUUCCCGAGCAGCCAGACAAUGCGCUGAUGAUGGAACUGGACCUGGAUCAUGAUAUUCCUGGCUCAGAUUUUGAGGCACUGUAUUUGAAGCAGGAGAGGAGGGGCGAAGACCACUGGGAUGAUGGGUUGGGGUUUGGCGGUGAGCCCUUUUCUGCCGAUGUGAGCGACUUUGGUAGUGUGCCUUGGUAUUCUCCCGUUCAUUUAUCCCAUGUCGUGGGUGAUGGAUUGGAGGAAGCGAUGGGGUAUCAACGAGCGCAUCGUCGGCAAGACAAUGCCAGCGGCGAAACCGAGGACUACAUGUGGGUUGAUCGGCCUCGAUUUCCAGAUAUUCUGUUGACUAGCACGCCGCUUAUUCCUGCCAUGACAGGUGGACGCGGGAUUGUGUCAGAAAUGCAGAGGUCAUUCGUACAGCGACUAAGGAGCCAGGACAAUGGAUUGGACGAUGGAACUCCAGCCCUGGGGGGUGACUUUGAUGGGAUGGGACAGAGCGUUCAGCACCGUAGAGCCGAUCGAAUGACAAUGCCGAGAUAG